UUCCUCGCUUUGCACCGAAUGAACCUUGAGCGGCACUUUCCCUCGUCCUUCCUCUUCCUUCGUCCUCACUUCCUGACACUCCAUUAGCCAUCCUCAACAUGGCCUCUCAAUUGAACGAGACGGCACCCGACAGUGUAAUGGUAGGCGCCAAUGGUCACGUCAAGAACGAUGGCACAGGCAUCGUCCAGCUAGACCCAUGGCUCGAACCAUACUCCGCGGCUCUGCGCUCGCGUUUCUCGAAAACCCAAAACUGGAUCAAGACGAUCGAGAAGCACGAAGGCGGCCUCGAGAAGUUCUCGCGUGGCUACGAGAAAUUCGGCUUCAAUGUCGCAUCAGAUAACACCAUCACCUACCGGGAAUGGGCACCAUUUGCCCUGCGAGCCUACCUGAUCGGCGACUUCAAUGGGUGGAACAGAGAUAGUCAUGAGAUGAAGAAGGACCCGUUUGGUGUUUGGGAAAUUCAUCUGCCGCCUGUUGAUGGCCAGCCUGCCAUUCCACACGACAGCAAGAUCAAGAUCAGUUUGGUUGUGCCAAACGACGGCCAGAGACAAGAGAGGUUGCCAGCAUGGAUAACGCGAGUCACCCAAGAUCUAUCGGUGUCGCCUAUGUAUGAUGCCCGAUUUUGGAACCCGCCUCAGAAGUAUCAGUGGAAGCACCCACGUCCACCAAAGCCCAAGAGUGCACGCAUUUACGAAGCUCACGUCGGUAUCUCUAGUCCAGAACCACGGGUUGCUACGUACAAGGAGUUCACUCGCGAUACUCUGCCACACAUUCGAGAUCUUGGAUACAACACCAUCCAGCUCAUGGCCAUUAUGGAACAUGCCUACUAUGCUUCAUUUGGCUACCAGAUCAACUCGUUCUUCGCCGCAUCUUCUCGCUAUGGCCAUCCAGAUGAUCUCAAGGAGCUGAUCGAUACUGCCCAUGGCAUGGGAAUUACCGUAUUGCUGGACGUCGUUCACUCGCAUGCCAGCAAGAACGUUCUCGACGGCCUCAACAUGUUCGACAAUAGCGAUCAUCUAUACUUCCACGAGGGUGCUCGUGGACGGCAUGAGCUGUGGGAUUCACGGCUCUUUAACUACGGGCACCACGAAGUCCUCCGCUUUCUGCUUUCCAAUCUCCGCUUCUGGAUCGAGGAGUACCAAUUUGACGGCUUCCGCUUCGACGGUGUGACGAGCAUGCUCUAUAAGCAUCACGGCAUCGGUACGGGCUUCAGCGGAGGAUAUCACGAAUACUUCGGCCCUAGUGUAGACGAAGAAGGAGUUGUAUACCUCAUGCUCGCCAACGAGAUGCUCCACAAUAUUUAUCCAGAUUGCAUCACCAUUGCCGAAGAUGUGAGCGGUAUGCCAGGAUUGUGCGUCAAGUUGAGUCUGGGUGGGAUAGGAUUCGACUACAGACUUGCUAUGGCCGUGCCGGAUUUGUACAUCAAGUGGCUGAAGGAGAAACAAGAUAUCGAUUGGGAUAUGGGAGCUCUCUGCUUCACUCUCACAAACCGAAGACAUGGCGAGAAGACCAUUGCAUACGCGGAGAGUCACGACCAAGCGCUGGUUGGUGACAAGACGCUCCUUUUCUGGCUCUGCGAUGCCGAAAUGUACACCAACAUGUCGGAGCUUUCGGAGUUCACGCCGGUCAUCGAGCGAGGAAUGGCACUGCACAAGAUGAUCAGACUCAUAACGCAUGGUCUCGGAGGCGAAGCAUACCUCAACUUCGAAGGCAACGAAUUCGGACAUCCAGAGUGGCUCGACUUCCCGCGAGAAGGCAACAAUAACAGCUUCCACUACGCGAGGAGACAGUUCAACCUUAUCAAGGACGACCUGCUGCGGUACAGAUUCUUGAACGAAUUCGACAAGGCAAUGCAAUGGACGGAGGAGAAGUAUGGCUGGCUGCACUCGCCACAAGCAUACAUCAGCUUGAAGAACGAAAACGACAAGGUAAUCGUCUUCGAGCGGGCUGGUCUACUGUGGAUCUUCAACUUCCAUCCUUCAAGCUCCUUCACGGACUAUCGCGUUGGCGUUGAGCACGCUGGCACGUACCGCAUUGUACUGAACACCGAUGACCCAGCAUUCCGUGGCCUCGGUCGUGUUCAGAAGGAUUCGAGAUUCUUCACCACCGACUUCGCAUGGAACAACCGCAAGAACUUCCUGCAGGUGUACAUCCCAACGAGAUCGGCAUUGGUGCUCGCUCUCGAAGAGACACUCGAUCCAAACUGGAAGUCGAAUGUGUCCCUUGAGUAUUAGAUGAUCAGUGAAUGAGGCAGUCAUACAUGAUAAACGCAUCAGUGAUCGACUGGAUCAGGCUUGGCGUUGGGAGGAGCUUACAACAUGUAUAGUAGAGAUGCAUUGAACAGCUGGCAGACAGAAACGAGAAAGCAUCAUAGCCAAAGGCGAAAUAUUGGAGGGGGCAGUGACAAUCAGGUAAUGGAGUCAAAUACCGCGCAAGAGCCUGAAAAGGCUGAAAUGAGUAUAGCGACUGCAUGACAUUCGUAACACCAAGGAGCCGGCCCGGGCGACCAGAGCAGGCCGAAAGCUUAUUUUCACCAAGAGCACGCUGCAAAGGGAAAGUCAUUGCGGUAAGUGCUUGGCACCACGACUCGAUUCUUGGGAAAUAAAUGCUCCAGACACGGCGAUAGGGUCAGGAUACAGGAAGUGGUGCCUUCGCCCCACCACGUCAAGUUGCGCAUGGGUUUCGGCGUAGGCGAUAGGUAGGCCUGCCCGAUGUGGCAGUCAGAGGCGGACAGCGCUAGUUCUACAGUUUUUCCCUGGAAG